CUAAACUCAGCUCUCAAGUUUUCGAUACUCACAAGCAAUUGCAAAAAUCUACUUCAUACUUAUAAGCUAGCUAGUUCCUCAAGGAAAAAAUGUCUACGGUCGCAGCCAGAUCCGCUACAGCUGCUAUUGGUGCUGGACAGAAAAACAUGAUGGGUGGUGGUCUAAAAAACUCUUAUUGUGUUCCUAUGGCGUCAACCGUCAACCCGACAGACCCUAAUGUGAUUGAGACCGCAAAAUUUGCAGUUAAAAAGUACAACGAGCGGAACGAUACCGCUCGGGUUUUCACCAAUGUAGAAUUCGGCUUCUGCUGGCCCCAUGGUGGCACUUUCUACAUGCUUGCCAUUAUAACUCAGGAUGUUAAGGGCACACAUCACGACGUAGCAUACGUUUGUGAUGCAGGGACGGGCAAUGGUCACACUUAUGAAUUCAUGUGGUACAAUAAUAACAAUAAUUGACCACGCACUACUCUUGAUCAGCUGAGGAUCAAUGACAUGAAUUAUAUAUAGUGUUUAUGGUUGGUUUUCAGUUUAUGCAUGGAUGAUGUACUGCUGUCAUGCAUACGUCUCCCUACGGUGCUACUAGUACAUUAAAGGUGCAGUUGUACCAAUAAAAAUGCACCAUUAAAUAAAUAAAAAUCACCGUUUAUGUUUGAGUUUGUAUUCCUGUGUGAUAAAGGUGCACUUAUACCAAUAAAAAUGCACCAUUAAAUAUGAUGGCUUCGUCACUUUCUUUUUGUUC